AUGACCGCGGGUCUCCACUGCGCUGGGACCUGGAUACGGUUUUCUCUUGUUGUUUUUUUUGUUUUGUGGACUAAAAAUCCGAAGUGUGGCGCCGGUGUGGAUGAGAGCGGACUAGAGUCGGUGACGGUCAUAUUGUACCGGUCCUCCUACGCUGCUGGUCCCUUAUGUGUUUCUUGUGUUAACCCUGUGAGUGUGUAAACAUGACGGAGGAUAUCCCAUACAAACAGCUGGGAGAGCAGCAGGGGUCCCAGAGGAGAGCUCCAUGGAGUCUUUGUGCUCUGCUGAUGCUGCUCCUCCUGCUCCUCCUGCUCCUCCUGACCAUCAUGGCAGUGCUCGCCCGCCUGACCCUCCAAGGGACCACGCCAUCCAUCCACUGGGGUGAACCGCCCUGCUCGGACCCCUGCAGUUUUGUGCUGGUGGAGAGCAUCCCAGAGGGGCUGAUCUUUAACUCCAGCUCCACACACCCAACCAUCUCCCAGACCUGGCAGAAGCUGAUGAGGGAGGCCACCAGCAGCCUGGACAUCGCCUCCUUCUACUGGACCCUCACCAACAGGGACACAGGAACUCAGGACCCGUCUGCUGUCCAGGGGGAGGCUGUGCUGAAGGCUCUGGCUGACCUGUCUCCAAAGCUGAGUGUACGCAUCGCUGUGAACUCAGCCGAGAGUCUGCCAGCUAACCUGCAGCUUCUCCAGCGUGCAGGAGCUCAGGUCAGGACUGUGAACAUGAAGGAGCUCACCUCAGGGGUUCUCCACACCAAAUUCUGGGUGGUUGACAAGAAACAUGUGUACAUCGGCAGUGCCAACAUGGACUGGAGAUCCCUCACACAGGUAAAGGAGCUGGGAGCUGUUGUGUACAACUGCAGCUGUCUGGCUGCAGACCUGGGGAAGAUCUUUGAGGCCUACUGGUAUGUGGGACAGAGCGAGUCUAUUCCCUCGUCAUGGCCCAGCAGCUUCUCCACUGACUUCAAUCAGGACUCCCCAAUGAAGCUGCAGCUCAACCGCUCCGAGGCCAGUCUCUAUCUGUCGAGCUCGCCCCCCUCCUUCUGUGCAUCUGGCAGAACCUCCGAUCUUCAGGCCAUCCUUGGUGUGAUCGAAGAUGCUCAUAGCUUCAUCUACAUCGCGGUCAUGAACUACCUGCCCACCAUGGAGUUCUCCCAUCCCAAGAAGUACUGGGCCAGUAUCGACUCUGCCCUGCGGAGGGCGGCGUACGAGCGGCGUGUGGCGGUGCGUCUGCUUGUCAGUUGCUGGGCCAGCACCUCACCCAUCAUGUUCCCCUUCCUCCGCUCUCUGGCCUCCUUGCAAGAGCCACGGAGCAAACUGGACAUCCAAGUGAGGCUGUUUGUGGUGCCUGCGAGUCCCGCACAGAAGGAGAUCCCCUUUGCCAGAGUGAACCACAACAAGUACAUGGUGACAGACAGAACAGCCUACAUAGGGACGUCCAACUGGUCUGGGGAUUACUUUGUGAACACAGCGGGUGUGGCUUUGGUGGUACAGCAGCCGUCACUUUAUGCACGAGCUUCUUACUUCUCAGGGGACCCAGACUCUUCAGAGGCCCCUCACUCUUCAGGGGCCACAGUUCAGGCACAGCUGCAGCAGGUGUUUGAGCGGGACUGGGAUUCAGCCUACAGCUCUCCUUUGUCGCACAGCCACAGCUCUGUGAACAGCUCUGUGGACAUGUGUGCAGUGUGAUACUGCAGCCUCAGGGAGCUCACACCAAGUCCAGUUCAGGGAGGACAUUUCUUCUUAGUUCUCAACUCUUCUUAUUUGAAGCACUUUUUCAUUUUCUCAGGACACUGUGUUUAUUUGAGAAGAAUAUGGCAACCUCUUAAUAAAAAUAUUAUCUUCUGUA